GAAAUGCGUUCAGAUAGAGAAAAAAAGAAAAAACAGAAUUGCGGAAGGUACGAAUAAAACGUGCAAGAUUUUGUGUCAUAUCUUUGUAUCGAACUACCGAAAGAGAAGAGAGAGAGAGAGAGAGAGAGAGAGGGGCGAUCGAUGAAGCACGAUCGAUUCUUGCGGCAAUAGUAGCAGCACGCGAGAAUAGCCGCGGAGAAUCUCGCAAUCGGUUAGCCAAUGAGACGCGAGGGUCCGCCCAAUCGGUCGCUCCCGCUGCUGUUGGUGUCCAUCUAAAUUGUCUGCUGCAUGUUCUCCAUACAGCUCCUCUCUCUCUCUCUCUUUCGCUCAUUCCCUCUCUCUUCCUCCCUCCCCUCUUUCUCUCUCAUGCACAUACUCAUUCUCCGUUCUCUUCGUUGCUCGUUGAUGACGGACGGCAAGAAAGCAUCGACUCCAGAAACCAGGUAGUAGAGACUCACCUACGUAGCUUCGCUACGAUUCCACCUCUUUCCUUCCACCUUCCGUCUCUUUGUGGGACAACCACGGCGAGUCAUCUCUCUUGCCAUCGUCAGUUGCAAAGCGCUUCCCGCCGGCGAAGCGUCUCUGAGCGAUCUUUCGAACAUUUCUCAUCAUCGAUCCCGCGAAUACGUACUGUUUGAUGAUACCAGCUUGAGUGUGGAGGUCUCGGGGACCAGAGUGUAUUCAGUGCGUCGAGGCUGCAGGCUGCGAGAACGGAGAGAAAACCCGCGCGAGGCUCAAAUGCGACACUCGGCGAAUGAGGACAUGAUGAAAGAAACGUUGGUAAAACAGGAGAUCAAGAUGGAAUGGGAGAAUCACCACGCGGAUGACAAUUCGUCGCAAGUUCCUGGAACGGAAGAUCGCACAGCCGGAAGUCCUCAGAGCGUUAUAACGACCAGAAGACACGUGAGAACGAUCACGACCACCGGCCAUAUAACCGAGGGAAUCGCCGAAAUGGAUCCAGAAUCGCCAGACUCCAAUUCGGUCACCGGGAAUCUUCAUCAGGGACUUCAACAGAGAAACGAGCAACACGAGCAAGCUCAACAGCAUAAUUUCCAAGAGGAGCAGCAACGAACUCAUCAAACGCAGCAGCAUUACGUGCAGAUUUCCCAUACCGGCACUCCUGAGGAUCAACAACGACCGACGGAUCAGCAGCGCGUCGUUUACGUCACUAGCAGCGGACAGGAAGUUCAAGUUGAAGUCUCCGAAACCUCCGAGACUACCGCCACACUUACGGUCAAGGAACCGCCCAGAUACGAGACACCAGCGCCAGACAGAAUAGACGUGGACCGGAUGUACGCUUACUCCGAUGGUCAUGAGGUCCGUAGAGAGAACCACGUGAUCACCGUCCAAGUGCCCGACCAUCGACGAACCCAGCAAGCUGGGCAUCAAAGAUACAGUCCACACGAGAAUCAUCAGGCGUCCGGGACGAACGCCAACACCAGAUAUCAGACGUCGCCGGUUUUGACGACGUCGGAGGACUACGACGCAUCAGCGAUCGUUACGCAGUCAGGAUCCACGGUCCAUCUCGGAUCACCCGCACCGCCGUACUCGCCGCCGAUCGACGGUAUACGUGCCGGUCAGCAGCAACAGCUCGUGGCAACGAGUUACGCCGACAACGUAAGCGGUGUCGUCAAGUACGAUGUCGAGGCCGCGGCCGCUGCUGAAACCAUCAAGGCUUCGAAUACGUACACCACACUGGAACCGGUUGCUAUUCCACCCACACAAACCGUACAAUACACACAGUAUUUAUCGGGUGGCGAAACUUUUCAGCAGGCACCGACUUAUAGUUACGCCAAGCCGGGAGAUCCCGUGAUCUUGGCGUAUCCAUCAGCGGCGCAACUUGGCUCGAGAGUUACCGAGGUAGAAUCAACCGGCAGCGGGUACAUGAAGAGCGAUCCCACGUUAACAUCGUCAUUGGCCACCACCCGAGCGCUUCCACUGCACUACGAGCAACCCGGUUCACCAGGUUCCCAAGUGACUUUGUACACAGGAGCAACGUCGUAUCAAUAUGUGAAGCCCUCGUCGGGUGAUCCUUAUUGGCCAGGCGGCAGCACUCCGUCACCCCCGACUUUGGAGUACAUCCAGGGCUAUCCGGGCAUCACCGCCAUCUCCGUCAACGAUACCGCCAACGUGCAGCUCUACCCCAACUGUGGCGGUGGAUACAGCGUUUCCACAAGCGGGAGUGGACCACCUGGGUGGACCACCCUUCCGCUUCCCGGCACCGACGAGACGUUCGAAGGAACCGUCAUAGCGACGGAACCCAAAGAAUGUGUUAAUUGCGCGGCCAGCAUGACACCGUUAUGGAGAAGAGAUGGCUCUGGUCACUACCUCUGCAACGCUUGCGGACUCUACAACAAGAUGAACAACGGCCUCAACAGGCCACCCAUGCGAUGCCCCAAACCAAAGCAGACGGUUGCACCGGUAAACAUUGCUAACUUACGGAGAACGGGAGUACAAUGUGCGAAUUGUAGGACAAGCAACACAACUCUUUGGAGACGAAACAAUAAUGGUGAGCCGGUUUGCAAUGCUUGCGGACUUUAUUUCAAGCUCCAUAACGUGAAUAGGCCUUUAAGCAUGAAAAAGGAAGGAAUACAGACGCGGAAGAGGAAACCGAAGAAUCACUCGAACAUUACUGGAAGUCUAGCUGGUCCCAGCGGUCUUCACAAGGCCGAGAUCAAGUCCAGUCUACUUGUGGACUCGUUGCAGUUGAACAUGUACGCAAGCGGGGGUGGGGGUAGUGGAGGGGUCGAAGAGCAUUGUCUUCCUGUAGGUACACCAACUGGAACACAAUUAGGGCAUGCACACUCGCCUCUCGCGUUACCCACCGCUGCCGUGUUGAAUCGUCAAACUACCCUUACUGUACCACCACUAGAACCAAUCACUAGUCAAUCCAGCAGCGACAUCACUUCGGUUAUAACAUCAACUACGGCCGCCCAUGCAGAGAAAUCGUGAACGUCAUUCUGUAGAAUCUGUAGGGACUCUAUACUUGCCGACCGUAGCUGUAACGAAUCGUAGUGUAUCGACCUUCUUUGAGUUUCGACCAGAAUUGCAAAAAAAUUUUUUUUUUUAAUAAUUGGUUACCGUUACUCGUUAUUGAAUCAAAAAAGUAACUAGUUAUUGUUACUAGUUACUAAUUAUACAAAAAUAACUCGUUACUAUUAUCAUUAUUUAAAAAGUAAUGAUUCGCUACAUUUUUCGUUAUUUUUUUUUAGUGCUGAAACA